AUGGCGACCCGGUCAAGAUUUGCUCUUGCGCUGCGCAGGGCUCGAAUUUGCGCUCCUCAAAGUUCAAGACCCGCUGCUUUACGACCGUUGACACAACUCCGAUGGCAGAGCACUGCGAAUACGGACAAUGAAGCCGCAGCCAAAGCCGCAACCAGCACCUCCAAGGAGAUCAAAUUUACCUCCGAGACCUACCCUGAGAUCAAACGAGACCCAAGAUAUGCACAAUUGACAGAAGAGCACGUCAAGUUCUUCACAGACUUGCUGGGGGAAGGUUCUGCAGUCAUAGACGGAGUCACAAAAGAUGCUACCGACGAUAUCGAGCCCUUCAAUGGGGAUUGGAUGCGGAAGUAUAAGGGGCAUACGAAGCUGGUUUUGAAGCCUGGGAGCACGGAGGAGGUCAGCAAGGUGCUGAAGUAUUGCAAUGACCAUAUGUUAGCUGUGGUGCCCCAGGGAGGAAAUUCUGGUCUGGUUGGAGGGUCAGUGCCUGUUUUCGACGAGAUUGUCAUUAAUAUGAGUCGGAUGAAUGAGAUUCGCUCUUUUGAUGAAGUUUCAGGUACGCUGGUGGUGGAUGCAGGAUGUAUCCUGGAGGUUGCGGACAAUUACCUCAAGGAGAAGGGCUACAUUUUCCCAUUGGAUUUAGGUGCCAAGGGCUCAUGUCACAUCGGAGGCAAUGUUGCGACUAAUGCUGGCGGUCUACGGUUGCUGAGAUAUGGAAGCUUGCACGGAAACGUUCUUGGAAUCGAAGCGGUUUUGCCCGAUGGCACAAUCGUGGACGACCUCUCGAAACUGCGGAAAAACAACACGGGAUACGAUCUCAAGCAGCUGUUUAUUGGAGGAGAAGGCACUAUUGGUAUCAUCACUGGUGUUUCCAUUCUCUGCCCACAGCGCUCAAACGCGGUCAAUGUUGCAUUUUUGGGUCUGGAAUCCUUCGAAAAGGUCCAACAGGCAUUCCGAGAAGCCAAAGGCCAACUCUCCGAGAUCCUCUCCGCAUUCGAGCUCAUGGAUAGUUACAGUCAAGAUCUUGUCCACAGGGUCACCAAGAACAAGCACCCAUUGGAGGGUGAGCACCCCUUCUACUGCUUGAUCGAGACCAGCGGUUCCAACUCCGAGCACGACAACGAGAAGCUUGAGAAAUUCUUGGAGUAUGUCAUGGAGAAGGGCAUCGUGGCCGACGGAGUUCUCGCCCAAGAUGCGACGCAAAUCAAAUCGCUGUGGGGCUGGCGAGAAGGCAUUCCAGAGUGCUUAGGCCACUGGGGCGGCGUUUACAAGUACGACCUGUCGAUACCCAUCUCCGAGCUCUACUCGCUCGUCGAAGACACUCGCGAGAAGAUCACCAAGGCCGGCCUGAUCGGCGAUGGCGACAAGGACCCCGUCGUCGGCGUCGUCGGAUACGGCCACAUGGGCGACUCCAACCUCCACCUGAACGUCGCAACCAGGACUUUUGACAAGAGAGUCGAGAAGGAGCUGGAACCCUUCGUCUACGAAUGGGUCUCCAAACGAAACGGCAGUAUCAGCGCUGAGCACGGCUUGGGUCUAGCAAAGAAGAACUACAUUGGAUACAGCCGCAGCGAGACGAUGAUUAAACUGAUGAAGCAGAUCAAGAAUCUGUAUGAUCCUAACGGUAUCAUGAACCCCUAUAAAUACAUAUAG